AUGACAAGGGGCAAGGGCAAAUCAAGAAUGAUUGCAGAUUCCGAGGAUGACGAUGAUGAUCUCGAUAAUUCCCGGGAUGCUCAGGUGGCCCGUCGUCUUCAGAAUGAAGAGUUCAAACAACUACCGACCAUUCCAACUCGCCCCAUUCGUCAAAGCGUCAGAUCGUCUUUGUCUACCACCACUCCAGCCCAAACCUCAGUGAAGCGAGAACGGGCGUUGACUGACACAACCGCCAAAAGAGGACGUCCACAAAAGAAGCAGAGAGUUAUCCCUGAUUCCGACGAUCAAGACAUCGACAUGGAUGCUGAAAUCGCUGCUGCAGCGGCGCUAGAUUCGGAAGAGCUCUCGUCACUGAGCUCACAUGCGGACGAGGAAUUUUCGGAGGGUGAUGACAGUGAGGGAGACGGAGAUGAGUAUGCCUCCAGUGGCGACGAGCCGCUCAGAUCUCGAAAGUCGAGGGGAAAACUCCCUGCACGCGCCAUCGCGAGUACAGCAUCUCUCGGAAAUGGUAUUGCCACUACAGCUCCGCCCUCUGAUAUGACGACUGCGUUGCAUAACGGCCCCUCAGGCGACGAACUUGAUGCUUUGGAAAACGCGUUGGGGGUUGUCGGAUCAUCUGACUAUGACAACAUCACAUCUGCCAUUGACACCGGUACUAGCGAUACUGAUGGGGAUGUUGCCAGAGCCAAUGUUGCUGCUAUCUCUCGAAGCCGACGAGGUUUCAAUUCUUUUGCGGGUCGAAGCAAGCGCCAUAUUAGGGAACGAGAGCGUUUGGAAAAGAACCAUCCUGAGAUUAAAACAAUGUGGCAAGACUUGGAGGAUAGGCCUGUUCUCAAGGCUGGAAAAGCCGCCCAGCCUCAAAACAUCUCACGUCAACUCAAACCGUUUCAGCUUGAAGGUCUAGCUUGGAUGACGGAGAUGGAAAGGGGAGAGUGGAAGGGUGGAUUGCUCGGCGAUGAGAUGGGUCUGGGCAAGACCAUUCAGGCUGUAUCUCUGAUAAUGUCAGAUUACCCUGCAAAGCUCCCAUCGCUGGUGCUCGUGCCCCCUGUUGCUUUGAUGCAAUGGCAAUCGGAGAUCAAGUCGUACACUGACGGUACCUUGAAGACUUUUGUUUACCAUGGGACGAACCAAAAGACCAAAGGAAUAACCGUCAGUCAGCUCAAGAAAUUCGACGUGAUCAUGAUGUCGUACAACAGUCUCGAGUCCAUCUACCGCAAGCAAGAGAAAGGCUUCAAGCGCAAGGAUGGGAUUUACAAGGAGAAGAGCGUCAUUCACGCCAUCAACUUUCACCGAGUCAUUCUGGAUGAGGCACAUUGCAUCAAAACGCGAACCACCAUGACUGCCAAAGCAUGCUUUGCUCUCAAGACCACCUUCCGAUGGUGCUUGACUGGCACACCUCUCCAGAACCGAAUUGGCGAGUUCUUCUCUCUGGUUCGCUUCCUGAACAUCGCUCCCUUUGCGUCUUACCUGUGCAAGAUGUGCCCUUGCUCUAUGCUUGAGUGGUCUAUGGAUGAACACAGCCGCUGCUCUGGCUGCAAGCACGCAGGUAUGCAGCAUGUUUCGGUUUUCAACCAAGAACUUUUGAACCCCAUUCAGAAGUACGGAAACCGUGGACCUGGAAAAACGGCUCUCGGGCGCCUACGGUUGAUGACGGAUCGCAUCAUGCUGCGCCGACUGAAGAAGGACCACACUAACUCCAUGGAGCUACCUGUCAAGGAAAUCUAUGUUGAUCGUCAGUUUUUCGGCGAGGUUGAAAAUGAUUUUGCCAACAGCAUUAUGACUAAUGGUCAGCGCAAGUUUGAUACCUACGUCGCACAAGGUGUUCUCCUCAACAACUAUGCCAACAUCUUUGGUCUCAUCAUGCAGAUGCGACAAGUUGCUGACCAUCCCGACCUGCUCUUGAAGAAGAAUGCCGAGGGAGGACAGAAUAUCCUCGUCUGCUGCAUUUGUGACGAGCCGGCUGAGGAUACGGUGCGCAGUAGGUGCAAGCACGACUUUUGCCGAGCCUGUGUUGGUAGCUAUGUCCGCUCGACUGAUGAGCCUGACUGCCCUCGCUGCCAUAUCCCCCUAUCGAUUGACCUUGAACAGCCGGAAAUUGAACAGGACGAGAAUCUUGUCAAAAAGAACUCGAUCAUCAACCGAAUCAAGAUGGAGAAUUGGACCUCUUCAUCCAAGAUUGAACUUCUUGUUCAUGAGCUACACAAGCUCCGUUCUGACAAUGCCUCGCACAAGUCAAUCAUCUUCUCCCAGUUCACCACCAUGUUGCAGCUCAUUGAGUGGCGUCUGCGCCGAGCUGGUAUCACUACAGUGAUGCUUGACGGCAGCAUGACUCCUGCUCAGCGACAGGCUUCUAUUGAGCAUUUCAUGAACAACGUGGAUGUUGAGUGUUUCCUCGUCUCACUCAAGGCCGGUGGUGUGGCGCUGAACCUGACCGAAGCCUCUCGAGUCUUCAUUGUUGAUCCGUGGUGGAACCCGGCUGCAGAAUGGCAGUCUGCCGAUCGAUGCCAUCGCAUUGGCCAGACUCGACCAUGCACCAUUACCCGUCUCUGCAUUGAAGAUUCGGUUGAAAGUCGAAUGGUGCUGAUCCAAGAGAAGAAGACCAACAUGAUCCAUUCUACUGUCAACGCUGACGACAAGGCUAUGGAAUCGCUUACCCCAGCGGAUAUGCAGUUCCUUUUCCGUGGUUCCUAAAUUAACAGGGACAUUCUACCUGUGUAUUUUGGUAAAGGGUGCAUUUGAAAGGCCAUAUAUUAUUUUACCCUCCGACUAAUCCCUGUCUACCCAUGAACAUUUCAUGGACAGAAGCAUGUACACUAUGGCCCCUUGGCCACCAGUUCAAACGGGAUCGGACACGGAGCAAGGAGUUAGGCGCCAGCACGAUGGGCUGUGAUACAGCACCAUAUUGGUUCAAUUUUGACAUUCUGAGGGGAGUGUGUAGUGUAUUUGCUAGCUAAUGAACAAAUAAAUACCUGAGUUAAAACAAGCGUUCAUUUUGUGAAUCGUGAAUGUUCGUCGAAGGACAUGUAGUUGAAAGUGUAUUCAUGUGCGAAGUGGAGGUCACUGGGAUUCAUCACAGCAACAUACUUUCAAGAAGGACAUUAUGUUAGUAUUGAAAAUCAGUCUAACGACUCUAUCUAGGUCUUUUCUUGUCUUUUUUCUAAUGCUCUCACGUGGACAGACAUACUGUAGUUGCCAUCGAUUUUGAUGGAUCUCAAACCAAGUUUUCAAAAAAAAAGAUUCUCCAAAGAGAAAACGAAAAAAAAGUGUUUGGCCAGAAAGAAAGAUCUAGUCUAGCACGUUUGUGACAUUGCAGAGAUCAUAGUCCGAGAAGGGCCUUGGCACCUGGCUCGCUGCAGACGUAAAUGACGUCGUGAGCGUUGGAGAAGCCGUUGAACUGAGUGGCAGAGCACUUGGUGUAUGCGCCCAUAUCCUCAAAGUAAAGCCAGUCGCCGACGUCGAGAAUGGGGUCGAAACGAGUGCUAUCAGUGAUGCGGUCGAUACCGUCGCAGGUAGGACCCCAAAUGGAGUAUUCGAAGCCCUCGCCCACGGGAGUGGGUUCGGCGGCGGCGGUCUCGAAGAGGGUCUUGCCAGAGGUGCGCAGGAUCUUGGCGGUGGGCUGCUGGUGAUCAAACAUGAUGUUUGAGAAGUUUCCGUAGACACCGUCGUUGACGUAGAGCAUGUAGCCCUUGCCAUCGAGAGUAGGGUCCUCGACGGUGCGGCGAGCGAUGAUGUUGCAGGCAAUGGUGAAAGCCGUAGCAACAUAGUAGCGACCGGGCUCGGCAAUGAUCUCGACGCCACUGUGAGGCGGGAAGAAUUCGUCGAGAGCGCCACGGAGGACGUUGGCCAUAGCCUCGAAGGUGUCGCCACAGAAGCCACCACCAACGUCGAGGGUGCGCAUGGCAAACCCAAAAUCGCGUGCCUGCUGGAAAACGGUGUGGGCGUCGCGAACGGCCUUGAAAAAGGCAAGAGGGUCGGACGCACCAGAGCCAACGUGGAAGCUGACGCCAACAACGUUGAGACCAAGGUCCUUGGCCAGGGCGAGGAGACCCUCGGUGGUGUCCAUGGCAGCACCAAACUUCAUGCUGAAGCGGCACAGGGACUCGCUGUCGUCGGUCAUGAUGCGGAGGAAGAGCUCGGCUCCUGGGUAGAGCUUGGCGAUCUUGUAGAGCUCGUCGGCAUUGUCAAAAGUCAUCUGUUUGACGCCCACAGACUUGACGUAUCGGACGUACGAGUUAGUCUUACAGGGUUGGGCGUAGAUGAUGCGGUCGGGGCUGAGGCCUGCGGACAGAACCUGCUCAAUCUCGGUCUUGGAGGCGCAAUCGAAGCCGGUGCCGAGCUCAGAUAGAAGCUUGAUGAUCUGAGGAUCGGGGUUGC